AUGGAGAUUAGCAGCGGAGGCUGCGGCGGAGGGACCGGCGGAGGGGGCGGCGGGGACGACCAGCCGCUCCACGGCCUCCAGUUCGGCAAGAAGAUCUACUUCGAGGACGCCACGGCCCCCAGUGGUGGCAGCGGCAGCGGCACCAGCGCCAAUGCGUCGUCCUCCUCCAGGGCGCCCGCCGGAGCCGGGAGGAAGGGCAAGGCCGCGGCCGUCCCGGCGGUGCCCGCGCCUCCGCGCUGCCAGGUGGAGGGUUGCGACGUGGAUCUGAGCGGCUCCAAGACCUACUACUGCCGCCACAAGGUCUGCUCCAUGCACUCCAAGGCGCCCCGCGUCGUCGUCGCCGGCCUCGAGCAGCGCUUCUGCCAGCAGUGCAGCAGGUUCCACCAGUUGCCUGAAUUUGACAAUGGAAAACGCAGCUGCCGCAGACGUCUCGCCGGUCACAAUGAACGCCGUAGGAAGCCGCCUCCUGGCCCUCUGGCAUCACGCUAUGGCCGACUCGCUGCAUCCUUUGAAGAACCCGGCAGGUACAGAAGCUUUCUGUUAGAUUUCUCCUACCCAAGGGUUCCGAGCAGCGUGCGGGAUGCUUGGCCUGCAGUUCGACCAGGCUACCGAAUGCCCAGUGAAAUCCAGUGGCAAGGGAACCUAGACCUGCGUCCUCACACGGGUUAUGGCCCACAUGCAUAUGGCAGCCACGGCUUCCCCGGUCCAGAGCUCCCUCCAGGCGGGUGUCUCACAGGGGUCGCCGCCGACUCAAGCUGUGCUCUCUCUCUUCUGUCAAGUACUCAGCCAUGGGAUACCACCACCCACGGUGCCAGCCACGACCAUCGGUCCACGGCCAUGUCCGCGGCCGCGGGCUUCGACGGCAACCCUGUGGCAGUGUCACCCUCCAUCAUGGCGAGUAACUACAUGCCGCCACCAUCGAACCCCUGGAAUAGCUCCCGGGGUCACGAAGGCGGGCGGACGGUGCUGCAUCAGCAGCUGCCACAUAACGUCCAACUGCACGAGGUUCACCCUGCAGCAGGCUCUAGCCAGCAUGGCCACUUCUCAGGUGAGCUCGAGCUAGCUCUGCAGGGAAACAGGCCAGCACCUGGACCACGUGGCGAUCAUGGCAGCGGUGGCAACACAUUUGACCACCCUGGAAGCUCGUCGAACUGGUCCCUGUAG